GAAGUGGCCAGCCCCCUCUCGAGUCAAGUCAUCUUUGCCCGGAGACUGGCAGACUACUCAAACCGUGUUGUAGUAUCUCACUGUUCUCACGAUCAGGCUUGGGCAGACCAGUCUAUGGUCCGGGAGCGACAACACCCAUUCCUAAAGUCAGCUGUAAACGGUACGUCAUCUCACUUCAAGCCGGUUCCAUUCGACGUGAACCACACACCUGGUUUAAUCUCAGCUCGUUCUCCUAUAAGAGUGAAGAUGAAGCCUUGGGGCAAGGGAGAGUUCUGGGGCGUCGGAUCUGAAUAUGAUCCAGACUGGGUCCUGACGGAGUCGCAGAAGAAGCUGCAGGCGGAUCUGAUGGAACUUUGCAGAAAGAAGAUUCGUCCUCAUGCGAUUCACUGCGACCGUCAUUACGUGUACCCGCGAGAGAGCCUUGACACCAUGGCUGAACUCGGUCUGUUGGGACUCAUCAUUCCCAAGGAGAUGGGAGGCCUCGGGGAGAACCAUACCUGUGCUGCCAUGGUUGUCGAAACACUGGCUCGGUAUGGGUGUCCCUCUACGGCUAUGAUAUACACAAUGCACUUGGCGUGUUGCGCAACUUUGCUCUUCCGGUACCACAACAAUCCCCACAUCCAGAACCACCUGAAGAGGGUCGCCAAAGAGAAGCUGAUUGGCGCCCUUUCGGCUUCGGAUCCUGCCACAGGAAGCCACGACUGGUUCCCUCUGUCCUCCAAAGUCCGACAGCUGGAUGAGCAGACGGUCCAAUUACUGAAGUUCGGCUCUUGGUCAACUAGUGCUGGAUAUGCUGACUUCUACACGAUCAUGACCGUCAGCCCAGAGUAUAACGGGAAUUACUCGGAUCUCUCGUUCUUCCUCGUCUACAAGGAUGAGGUUCGUGCAUCAAGUGACGACUGGAGUGCCCUCGGGAUGCACGGGAAUAUGUCAGGUCCCCUCUUGGUCGAGGGGAAAUUCAAGAUGGAGAGAAUGAUCGGACCACCGGGGGAUGGCCGAAAGAAUAUGGAGGAGUGCAUUGACUCCUACUUCCUCCUGUUGACCUCCUCUUGCUGGAAUGGCAUCGCGCUGGGAUGCAUUGACAUUUCCAGGAAGCACGUCACAAGGUCUGCCCAUGCAGAUGUUGGGAUGCGCGUUUGUGACUAUCCGGUCAUUCAGGACUAUUUUGGAGAAUCUGUCAUCGACACCAAUACAUCUCGUUCAAUGGCCUUCCUCAUGGCUCAGACUUUAGAUACAGUUACCAAAGACAACAACUGGUCUGUUCACUCUGACCUUAAUUUGCUACCGCGAACGGGAAAGAUUCACUGGUUAUGGCAGCUCAAGUUCACAGCGGCUAAGAAUGUGGCGAACGUAACUGACAGGAUGUUGUACGCUUGCGGAGGUUCUGGAUAUAAGACCGAGCUGGGAUUGGAACGUCUCAUCCGGGACGGCAAGGCUGGCUGGGUGAUGGCUCCCUCCAAUGAGAUUCUAAGAAAUCUAGUUGGGAUUUCGGUUCUUACAGGUUUCAAUUCCAUUGAUCUGUGGGAGGAAAUGAGCAAUGAACAGGUCAUGCGCAGGGAAGUAAAGAAGAUGAAUCCAAAGCAAAAGGAAGCCUUGGGAAGGCGCCUCUUAGAUGAAGCUUCUCGGGAGCUUAGUGGAAUAGAGGCGAAGCAUCCAUACCAGGACACAGAUUUCAUGAACCCUUUCAACACAUCGCCACCAACAGUUCAAAACCAGGAUAUGAAAACAAAUGACGGUGUAGUUCACAAGGCAGCUCUAAAACCAAACAGCUGGACCUCACUGAAACUUUCUUCCCGAUCAGACCUCAGUGACAAGACUUCAUCUUUUGUGUUUUCCUUGCCUAACAGUACCGACCAUACUGGAUGUCUCCCUGGGCAAUAUGUAAUGGUCCGUGCUACUUUCGGUGGUAAAGAACACACUCGAUACUUCUCCCCCGUUACGCGACCAGAUGACUUUGGCCAGAUAGAGCUGGUGAUAAGGUUUGAAUCUCAGGGAAUCAUUUCAAACCACUUCAAGAAACUUAAACCAGGUGACUUGUUAGACUUCCAAGGACCUUGUGGAGGUUUUGAAUAUGAAGCAAACAAGCUUAGUGAGAUAAUCAUAUUAGCAUCAGGAGGAGGAAUCACCCCUGGUCUCCAAGUCAUACGCUCUAUCAUGAACAACCCUACUGACACAACUAAAAUAACACUGUUGUAUUUUGCUGAAACCAUAGAAGAUCUGCUUUAUCAAAAAGAACUUGACUCUUAUGCUGGGAAGGACAAGAGACUCAAAGUAGUGUAUGCAGUCAUGGAGGGACCAGAAGGGUGGCAAGGAGAGGAAGGGUUCAUUGAUAUUCAGAUGAUCAACAAACACAUUAAAAAACCUAACGGAACAAAAUACAAGAUUGUAAUAUGUGGAGGACCAACAAUGAGUAUCACUUGCCUUCAUUCACUGAGCACCCUUGGAUAUCCCUCACACAGCACCUACAUAUAUGGACAAUUUGGAGUUGAGCAAAUUAAAGCUGUCUAUGGCAAGAAUGUCCCAUUGUCUGCGCAUCGAUGUGAUGAUGUGCAUUAAGAAUCUAAAACUACCUACAUCUAGAAUAUUUUUCAUUAGUUAUUUGUUCUCUUUUUGUUAUGUGCAUCCUGUUUGUUACAAAUAAGUACAUCUCUCUCUUCAGAUAACAAAGUACUGUACUAUUUUUUCCAAUAUCACACUUCAUUGGCAAAACAGUUUUUUAUGCAGUCAGUAAAAAUAUGACAGAUUUUUAAUAUCUUUUAAAACUUUCCUGACUACAGGAAGCAAAUUACUGAAAAUGUUACUAAAGCUUUUUCACACCCUAUUUUGCUGAUUACAACUUAUUUACAGUAACAUCACAGUAAUAUUGUAUUAAAUUAAAUAGUGUAUGACUGA